GCUCCUUCCGCCGGCUCGCACUCCAGUCUCAGCCUCCACGGAAGCGACUCCUCCUCCGGCCUAUUUCUUUUUAUCCCAGCGUUCUGGUCUAAUGGACACACUCUUUGUAAAUGCUUUUUAAGAAUCAUCAGUCUAGGAAGACGCACACUGCCUACUCAGCAGGCCCGGGCCUUGAGUCGUAUCUGAAGGGAUUUAACUUCACUGGUGAGCCGCCUUGGCUUCUCUGCACCUGAUUAAACUGCAACACUAAAUUCCAUCUCUUUCCUAUCCAAUUUACUGGUGACUAAUCAAGAGGACUUCUUGUGACCAUGAACACUGCCACUCCCACCGAGUUUGACUUCACUUACUUGGAAGAGGGCUUCUCUGCCCGGGAUAUCGUCGAGCAGAAGAUCAACGAGUCAUCCAUGACGGAUGACAGGGACGCAUUCUACGUCUGUGACCUUGGAGAUGUGCUAAAGAAACACCUGCGCUGGGCGAGGGCCCUGCCCCACGUCACUCCUUUCUAUGCCGUCAAGUGCAAUGACAGCCGGGCCGUGGUCAUGACCCUGGCGUCCCUGGGAGCAGGCUUUGACUGUGCAAGCAAGAUGGAGAUUCAGAUGGUUCAGUCUCUGGGAGUGGAUCCAAACAGAAUCAUCUAUGCCAACCCCUGCAAGCAACUUUCUCAGAUCAAAUAUGCGUCUGCCCAUGGGGUCCGGAUGAUGACCUUUGAUAGUGAGGUGGAACUCAUGAAAGUGGCCCGCUGUCAUGAGAAUGCCAAACUGGUGCUGCGUAUUGCCACAGAUGACUCGAAGGCAGUGUGUCGCCUCAGUGUGAAGUUUGGGGCCACACUCAAAGCUUGCCGGGGACUUCUAGAGCGGGCUAAGGAGCUGGGGCUGGAUGUGAUCGGCGUCAGCUUCCAUGUGGGCAGUGGUUGCACCGAUCCCGCGACCUACCGCCAGGCUAUUGCCGAUGCCCGCUGUGUCUUUGACAUGGGGGACGAGCUGGGCUUCAACAUGGACCUGUUGGACAUCGGAGGAGGUUUCCCUGGGUCAGACGAAGCAGAACUCAAAUUCGAAGAGAUCACAGCAGUAAUCAGCCCGGCCCUGGACAAGUACUUCCCUGCUGACACUGGUAUUAAGGUGAUCGCUGAACCAGGGCGCUUUUAUGUGGCCUCUGCUUACACACUGGUUGUCAACAUCAUUGCCAAGAAAGUCAUCGUGGACGACGAGUCAACCUCUGACGAGGAAGAUGAAGGGACCAAUGAUAAGACUCUGAUGUACUACGUAAACGAUGGAGUGUAUGGAUCCUUCAACUGUAUACUCUAUGACCACGCUCACUGUUUGCCUACACUACAUAAGAAGCCAAAGCCGGAUGAGGUCAUGUACCCCUGCAGUAUCUGGGGCCCGACAUGUGACGGCCUCGACCGCAUCGUUGAGCAGUGUUACUUGCCCGACCUGCAGGUGGGUGACUGGCUGGUCUUUGACAACAUGGGCGCCUACACCGUGGCCGCCUCCUCCACCUUCAACGGAUUCCAGAGACCCGAAAUCCACUACGUCAUGUCCCGCACUGCCUGGCAACAUGUGCAGCAGAUCUGUUCCCAGGGCAUGCCAGCUCCCGCGGAGGAGUCUUGCCUGUUGGAAGUACCAGCCUGCUGCGGCCGAGAGAGCAGCUUGGAGCUGCCCACUAAGCCCUGCCAGGCCCAUGUGGUUUAAACACCUACUCUACAUCACAGCAAUGUUCUCCAGAUCUAGCACCCUCUAGCUAUAAGUUAUUCAAGGGGGUUCUGUCUGUUUUUUUGUUUUUAUUUUGUUUGUUUUUUCUUUUUUUUGUUGUGAUAAGUUUUAUUUUUCUCUUCUGCAAAUAUAUGUCGAAUUUUCAAGGCCAGUUACUUGACAGGAGAACGAGAGGGACACGCUGCUGCACAACUUUCUGUGUUCUGUAUGGAAGCGGGGAUCACCUCUCAAUGAAAUGAGGCUGAAUCACACUCUGAGCGUCUCUGUGUGUUCCAGGCAGUGUUAUGGGGCAACUGUGUACUCAAGCUCGUAGCUGCGCCACAAUAGUCAAUAAAGGAACUAUUUUUCCUAACUGAAACAGUACGGGUAGUGAAACCGUCGCUUUGCUAAAUAAAUAAAUCUACUUCACUGAAUGUCACCGUAGACGUCACAACUCGUGAAACUGUAGCAAGAGAUGAAGGGUCACUCAUGCUAUCAUUUUACUACUAUAAAGAUAAACGUUAACAAGAUUGCUUCCGCCAUAAGGCAGUCGCUAGUGCUGACUGACCUUAAAGCCCUGUUAACAUCUGGAGUCGCAUCCCGAGCUAGUAACUCGCAAAGAGUUGGUUGGAGGGGUGAUUUAAUUCCUCAAAAAUGGCUGCUAUGUUUAUAUUUAUCUUUUCCAUGAUCUCCACUUCUGUACAGAACCUCUCAAGUGUUAAUCCUCAAGAUAUUAACAUCAAGAAACACACUUAAAGAAAAAGUUGAAUAUGUACAGGCACACACAGAAACUCACAGUAAAAGCAUGCGUCACAUUCCACACGUUCCAUAUAGUGUGUGUGUGUGUGUGUCUGCGCUGAUAUGGCUGCAGCUUUUUAAUGAAUCAGACAUCUCUAAAAAUAAAAACCACUAAAACAAAAUUUCAACUCCCCAUGUGAUCCCCAAAUAUUUGUUCUGGUCACCUGACACCACAGGUUCCAACAACAGAAAUAAACCUUCAGGAUUAACACUUAAAACACAGGGACUCAAGAAGCAGACGGCCCCUCUCCUCUUCUCCACCUUAAUAUUAUUUUAUUUUAUUUUAUUUUGUAUUUGUUUUGUAACGUAUAGAAGGCAAGAAGUCUGUGCAUGACAGGAAUAAGAGGCGGUGUGAAAACCUACAUUUGAAAUGGAUACGAAAGAGACUGGAUUGCAAAUUCUUAACGCUUUCCUAUGGAAACUUUUUUGAAGUUUUUGUAUUUUUUUAAUAAAUAAAGCAUUAGGUGCAGAGCCGAAA